AUGUAACACAGCAAAGUUUCGGUUCGAUUGCAUAUUGCUCAAUGUAUUCCAUAUCGCGUUUGAUGCGAACAAUAUGAACGUGGCACAGAAUUAGUCAUUAUGAUAUCUACCAUCAGUAUGUUUCUGUUGGGAAUUUCCAUCAUCUACUGCCUAAAACUGGUGACGUCAUUUGAGGGUUUGACUGGAAAACAGUUGGCUAGAAUAAGGACACUGAAAGACCAUACCGGCUGCCGUGACACCUACUACGAGAAUGGCACAAAGGAAUAUAAAAUGCCAUGGUUCUGUGUAAGGCCGAGCGAGUGUACCAAGAAGUGGGAUCUGCUCAUACCGCCGGCCAAGCCGAGGUACGCCCACGAGCAGACCUCUCUCUUGGACAGCAGCAACUGCAAGGACCGCUGGUUCAACAACGGAUACACAGAGUGUUGCUUCAUUGGGAAUCUGGAAGAAUUCGGCAACUUUGAUUUGGCAGACUGGCCGAAAAUGUCCUACGAUUACAAUGAGCAAUUCUGGGAAUCUACUAGAAAAGCUGUCAAUGCGAUGUACAUGGAAGAUAACCCAAGGCUAGAGGGAGAUUGGUUAUUCCACCAGCUUGAGAUCUGUGCUAUGUAUCCGGUUGGGGUGAAUAGCAACUCUACUCUUUAUACUCCACAUUUUUGUGUCGACAAACCAGCUUGUGAUGAAGCGAAGAACAAAAGUCCAGUUCAAGGGAUUAAUCAGGAGACAUUUCAAUGGUGCGAGCCGACUAAGAACCCAUAUGAUGUUCGUGUUGCAGCACCUAGGGCAAAUGGGGUGAGCUGUUGCCACCCAAACGCCAUUACAAACAGUCCAAGCAAUUCUUCAUUUGCCUUCAGGACUUUUCCUACAUAUUCUCGUUACGCUCCUGGAUUUAGAGCAGCCUUGCAAUGUGAACUAUAUUCUAAGAACGUUUGUAACGAUGUUGACGACAUGUGCCCCUACCGAAUCCUUUACAAGAACUGGACAGAAUCCGCACCAAUGGAAGCAUACCAUCAGGCAAUGAUUGGAAUUAAAAAACCUCGGGUACAGGUAUUCUUCUGCCAAGGCGCCCUCGUCAGUCGCCAGUUCAUUUUGUCUGCAGCCUACUGCGGGGAAUAUGAUUAUACGAAAGCCAACUUGGUGCUGUUGGGAGACUACGAUACCCGUGACGUCGGGGAGCCAUUCUCAGACGAGUUGAUCACCUACAUAGUAGAACACAUGGACCUUCCUCCUGGACCGAGAAAAUUCGUCCAUUUAGAUACCGACUUCUACCACUCUGACAUCAUGCUGUUCAAACUGUGGCGAACGAUCACGUUUUCUGCGUUCAGACGCCCUGCCUGCAUCGUUCACGAGAGCCAUGGUCUCGAGUGGCCGAAAUGGAUCACGGGCACAUAUGGCCUGUUCACGGGUUACGCGAGUCCAUUUGGAGAUGAGGGCUGGAGCAAUAACGUUAAGAAGUUUAUAUUAGAAGAAGUUUUAUACCACAAUAAGCUUUGCAUUGGAUACUAUGGAGUAAAUGACUCAAGGCCAUUUCCGAUGAAUGAAUCAGUAAUAGGCGAGUUUUGUGCCACUGUGCCGAAUUCCAAGUUCCAGAAAGAAUAUGACUUACAGUAUCCUUCACAAUAUGAGCGCUGGGGUCCCUGCAAAUUUGACACGGGUGGAGCAUUUACUUAUCUAAUGACAGUUCCGUACUGCCAACUCGUUGUCACUGGGAUAUUAAGUCAACCACCCCUGCACUGCACCUCUCAGAGACCACAUCUCUUCCGGCGGAUUCUUAGUAACGUUUUGUGGAUUGAGAGGAUAAUAUACAAGGAUGACUUUGAUAUCUUUGGGUUCGACAUGUCUUGGCCCACCUGUGACCGCCACAACUGGCAGUUCAUAUACAUGACGUUCAUGAAUAGAAAGAAUAAUCAAUGGACCGUUAAAUAAUUGUUUCGAUCAUGUUAGUACUGAAAUAUGUUUGUAAUAAUUGAGUUUAUCGUUUUUAAAUAAAUCUUUCAAUACUUUA